GAUCCCCCACCUUCUCUCUCUCUCUCUCCCCAAACCCUAAUUCGUACGGGCCAUCGUCGUCCCCCAAAGCUCCACUGAAUCGCGCCCUCGCGCUCGUGCUCGCGCUCGUCCCUUCCGAUUCCCCCUCCCCCCGGGGCGCUCGAACCGCUAAUGCGCGAGCCGCGUCGAUCGACGCCGCCGCCGCCGCCGACGACCCGCGAGCCUUCCGCAUCGGGCGCUUCUUCGCAUGGAGGUCUUGAGGGGGGAGGACCCGCCGUCGGAACAGGAGGAGAUCGGGGGCUCGCCGGAGUCGCUCCGGCGGUCCCUGGAGUCCCAGAGCGCGCUCUUCCACGGCCAAAUCGACCGGCUCCGGAGCAUCGUCGUCGCCCAGUGCAGGCUCACCGGCGUGAACCCGCUCGCCCAGGAAAUGGCGGCUGGAGCAUUGUCAAUUAAAAUUGGAAAAAGACCUAGAGAUUUGCUAAAUCCUAAGGCUGUGAAGUAUAUGCAAUCAGUUUUUUCUAUUAAAGAUGCAAUUAGCAAGAAGGAAUCUCGGGAAAUCAGUGCUCUUUUUGGAGUCACAGUCACUCAGGUUCGCGAUUUUUUUAAUAGUCAACGGUCACGAGUGAGAAAGUUUGUACGACUCUCAAGGGAGAAAGCUAUUAGAUUGAAAGCUCCGAAAGAUUCUAAUGUUGUUCUCCCAGUAAAUUCUGAAUCAUCAACGGCUACACCUGUUGAUCCACUUCCAUUAAACUCUGUUGCACCUGAUGUUGGAGAUGCCUCACCUUGCCCUGUGCAAAAUGAUCUCUUGCCUGGCAUAGACGAGGCUGAUAAAGAGUUUCUUCAAAAUAUCUUCACAUUUAUGGGGAAAGAAGAAACAUUCUCUGGGCAGGUCAAGUUGAUGGAGUGGAUUCUGCGGAUAGAGAAUUCUUCAGUACUGUCUUGGUUUAUGACUAAAGGUGGUGUAAUGAUAUUGGCAACAUGGUUGAGCCAAGCAGCCUCUGAAGAACAAACCAGUGUGCUUUCUAUCAUCCUUGAGGUUCUCUCUCAUUUGCCCCUACAUAAAGCUCUUCCUAGUCAAUUGUCUGCCGUUCUCCAAACUGUUAACAGACUGCGGUUUUAUAGGACAUCAGAUGUAUCAAACAGGGCAAAGGCUUUGCUAUCAAAAUGGAGCAAAAUGUUUGCACGAACCCAGGUUAAUAAGAAGCCCAAUGGCGUGAGAUCUUGUACUGCAAUGCAGAAAGAAAUGAUGGUGAAGCAGAGUUUUGGUGAAAUCAUGGGUGAUGAAGCAUGGCAUUCAGAUAACACUUUAUCUGAAGAGAUUCUUGCUUCAUGCGAAAAUUUGGAGGUUACCAGGGGGUUGGAAUCUUCAAAAGCACUGAAACUUUUGCCUGCUCCAGCAGAUGAUUCAAGCAGGAAACACAUCCUUGGUGUAACUUCAGCUCAAAAUAGAGAGCGCAGGAAAGUGCAGAUGGUGGAACAGCCUGGCCAGAAAAUGGCUGGCAGAAGCCCACAGACUUCCAAAGUGGUUUCUGUUAGCCGUAGUCGUCCAAUGUCUGUUGAUGACAUUCAGAAGGCAAAAAUGCGGGCACUGCACAUGCAGAACAAAUAUGGAAAGAGCGGGUCCUCUUGUAAUGAGAGUAAUGAAAUAAAAACUGAAAGUUCUGUUAAAGCUUCGAUUACUAAGACAGUCAAUGUGCCUCCAGCAGCUACAGUACAUGUUCAGUCUGAAGGUGUUGAACAAAAUAAUGUGAUGCCCUCUGAAGCUCCUCGUAAGCUUGAUAUGUCUUUUCCAAAGACCAAUUUGGAUUCAAGGGAGACUGUAUUGGAGGACUGUAAGAGGGUUUGGAUCCCCUGGAAGAGACCGGCAGAAGUAAAACUGAACGAUCAGUGGAGGGUGGGUGGAGGUGAGGAUAGCAAAGAAGUUGAAUUCCAGAAAAACAGGAAUCGCCGCGAGAAAGAGACUAUCUACAGGACAGUCCAAGAGAUACCCCCCAAUCCCAAAGAGCCGUGGGACCGCGAGAUGGACUAUGAUGACUCGCUAACACCAGUGAUUUCGAUUGAACAGUUACCUGAUGCCGAUGUCGUCCCAGAAACGCAGGUUCCUUCUAAUGAAAACGCAAGAGCAGGAUUGUCUUCGACGUCACAAAACAGUAACCCUGCUGCAGCAGAGCCCGAUCUUGAGUUGCUGGCUGUGCUGCUCAAGAACCCGGAGAUUGUUUUUGCGCUGACCUCGGGGGGAGCCGGGAACUUAUCGAGCACGGAUACAGUGAGACUUCUCGAUAUGAUUAAGGCCGGAGGUGGAGCGGCUAAUUUAGUUGCUGGGAAUUUGAAUGGACUGGGUGUCGGCGCUGGCAUGGGUGGCAGAAUAGAAGGGAGGGUUGAAGUGUCCCUCCCAUCCCCGACGCCUUCCAGCAAUCCUCCUGUAACGGGUGCUUGGGCAGCAGCUGCUGUGAAGAAUCCGUUUUCUAGGCACGCUUCAUCUUCGGCAGCAGCGAGCACAUCAGGAAUUUUCCAAGGACAUGCCUCCAGUUUUCCUGUUACGCUUCAACAAGAAGCGAGAACUGUCCAAAGCUCGCUGUCUCAAUCAAGUCAAGUUCAUGCGCAUUCGAUGAUGGCCCCAUCUCUCCAACAUAGAAUUCCUGUCGAGUCCGCAGCUGUUCAAUCGCAAGCCCAGGAAGCCUUUGCUCCCAUGAACGGAGUACUGAAUCUGAGUUCGACAGGAAAAAGGGCGAUGCAUUCGCUUCCAUAUUCGGCGGUCACGUCGCUACAGCUGCAGCCGAUGCAGCGGGUGCACUCAUCAUCGUACCCUGGUGGUCCCGGUCCAUCCGCAGACACGAAUUCUUCGUGGGGAGGUGGACGGGAGAUGACUCAUCAGUAUAGUCACCCUCAUUCUUAUUCUCAACCUAACCAAUCUAAUUUUAAUGCCUCGUCUCGGGCUCCCUACGAAAGAAAUAACUAUGCCCGGGAGGAUUUUGAAUCUUGGAGCCAGGAAAACAGCCCGACGAGGUAUCCACCUGGAAGGAACGCCCCGGAGACGAGAGCAGUUCCUGAUCGGUUUUCUGGGCCGCCGGAGAGUUCGAGGCAGGGGAGCUCCUCCGGGUACUGGGACCAUAACAGGGACUAUAACAGGCAUGGAGGCAGGUGGCAGCGAGACUGGAGACAAUGAGUUGUGGGGACAUUCAUGUUGUCUCGGGACUUUUUGACGGGCUCAAGUUCCCCAGGGUUGACCGAUGAACAAGCAUAAGAAAACCGAAACCUGGUCCAGAAUCAGGAAGAUGUGCACAAAUUGAAAUUUUUGAUACAUUCAGUGUGUGAGGGACAAGAUCUGAACGAUCAGACACCAACAACGCACAAGAUCAGCGGUUGGUGUUAGUGUUGUAA